AUGUUCGACGUCCAAGCAGCAGCAUUAAAUCCUUGUGGAAGUCUCGGUUCUCAAGAAAACAUUCUUCAAUUGAUACAAGAACAAAAGCUGGUCACUUCUUUUGUGGAUUCGUCGUCGUAUAGUCAAGUCGAGACCCUUCCUGAUCGUUUCGAAACAUCUGAUGUUGUGUUGCGUCGUGAUAACCAAGUGGUUUUCGCAGUUUUCGACAAUUCAUUUCAUGUUGGCGCCUUUUGCACACCAUUUGGUCGAUCUCUCAACUGUACCGACCAGUUGCUUGCCUGGCCCGAUGCAUCAUUGGCCACGAAACAAUCCGGUUUCGAAGGAAUUACCUAUAACCCCAUCGACGAUACCUAUUUCAUCGCACAAGAAGCAAUCAAAACUGACACAAAAAAAGUUUUUCGGGCGAAUAUUUUUGAGACUCGUAUCGUUUCCACAGAUUCAAUACCAAUUCGUGUGCUUGAGUCUUGUAUAGUCAAUUGGGACUUCGCAUCGGAUAAUAAAGGUAUUGAAGGUCUCGAGUUCGUUAGUCAUCAAGGCACUGGUAAGAGUUAUCUGUUGGGAUUAUGCGAAGCUAAUGAGUGCAAUCAUAAAUCAACAUCAGACAAUGAUGGACGCAUUUUAGUGCUUGAAAAGAAGGAAGCUAACAAGAAAAAUAGUUGCAGUUGGGAGCCAGUAGGCACAAUUGCAAUGCCCGCAUGGGUCCAUUUCGACGAUUAUUCGGCGCUGUCAAUUUACCAUCGAAAAGCAAUUGAUUUACCAGCCUAUGUUGCAGUGACCAGUCAAGAGAGGAGUCAAGUAUGGGUCGGUAUGAUUGAAGAGAUCAAUCAAGCACCUUUCUUUUCACUUUCAUCAUUAAAUAAUAAUACCAUUUAUGAUCUGCCAAGAACAUCUGAUGCAACACCAGAAUGUGGAAUGAAAUAUUGCAAUAUAGAAGGUGUAGCAUGGCAAGGCGGAAACGAACUCAUUUUGGUGUCUGACAAAACGAAAUCUGAUCAAGAUACUCAAUGCAUCGAGAAAGAUCAAAGUGUACACUAUUUCUUCUUGCCUUAA